AUGUCUCGGUUAGCGGAAGAAGAUAUAUUACGAGCAUUGACAGAAGAAGACGAUGAUUGUGACACUGAGUUUAUAAAUACCGAACAAGAAUCGGAUGGUGAUGCAGAUCAUAUCAGUGCUCAAAGCAAUACAGAUAGUGAAGUGGAUGCUGACAUACCAUCUUUAGAUUCAGACAGUGAUGACUUACCACUCUCGGAGUUGCAACAAGCUGAUCAUACGGAAUAUUAUACAGGGAAAUAUGGGGUUACAAAAUAG